AUGACAGUCUCUUCUACUGUUCAGCCUCUCAACGCUUCUGUGGCCGCUGCCACAGGAGCGGCAGAUAUUCCCCAUCGUACACUCAGCAAGUCGGUACCCUUUGCCAAUUUGGACCAAUAUCAAUACUGGCAUACCGUCGGUCCAAUUCUGGGAAGAAUGCUCUCCAAUGGCAACUACAGCGUCCACAAGCAAUAUGAAUAUCUAUCUCUCUUCGCGCAUGUCAUAAUCCCCAAUCUGGGGCCAUUCCCUGACGGGAGAGAUGUAUAUAGAUGCCUACUCGGAGGCACCGGCUCCGUGGAGCUCAGUCAGAAUAUUCAGAGAUCAGGUCUGACUGCACGUGUUGCGUUCGAGCCUACAAGCUACCUUGCGAGUACCGGAGUCGACCCGCUCAACCGGCAUACGGUACACGCGACGCUAGCCCAGUUAAGAGCUAUCGGGUCUGCCAGAGUUGAUAUGGAGCUGCACCAAAUGCUCGUCAAUGAGCUGACAUUGACGGACCGCGAGGAAAAGCUGAUGUCCCCAGAAGAAAUCUCGGGAACCCCGGGGAAGGCGCAAAUUCUGCUUGCCUUGGAUUUAGGACAGACUAGCAUCACAGUCAAGGAGUAUUUCUACCCGACAGUUAAAGCUUCUGUGACGGGGCAAACCGUGGCUAAGUUAUGCUUUUCUGCUAUUCGCAAGAUGGAUAAGAAAGGAAUUUUCGAACUUUCGAGUAAGGCCAUUGAGGCUUAUGUGCAAACGCAAAGCCAGACAGACCUUUGCUUUUUAUCCUGUGAUCUGGUCAAUCCAGCGGAAACUCGGAUCAAACUGUACAUGGCGGAGCUAGAUAUGAGGCUGGAAAAGGCAGAGGAGCACUGGACAAUGGGCGGAAAGCUCAAGGACGAAGAGACUUUGCUUGGACUAAAAAUGCUACAAGAGCUGUGGGUAGGGUUAGGGAUUACCGAAGGCCUGCGCAAUAUGCCGGAGCGACCAUCGCUACCUGGAGAUCCCGAUACCAUUUUACCAUUCAUCAUGAACUAUGAGAUGAACCCCGGCGAGGCAUUGCCCAAACCCAAGUUCUAUUUCCCCUUGGUCGGCAUUUCGGAGCUCCAAAUUGCCAAUGUGCUCACUGCAUUUUUCGAACACUACAACAUGCCUGAACAGGCCGCAGUCUAUCGCGAUAAUCUGCAGACAUAUUAG